CAAGCCCAAAUAGAACGGGCUAAAUCAAGUCCAAAUUCUCUAUCUGCUUUAAAUCUUUGCCAAAAACCCUAAUUCGCCGCUUCUUCAUCUUCUUCUGCAGAAAAAAAAAGCUCUUCAGAACAGAAUCCAAUGGCGUCAGAGAAGAAAUUGAGCAACCCAAUGAGGGAUAUCAAGGUUCAGAAGCUAGUCCUCAACAUCUCUGUUGGUGAGAGCGGAGAUAGACUUACCAGAGCGGCCAAGGUUUUGGAGCAACUAAGCGGUCAAUCCCCUGUUUUCUCCAAAGCUAGGUAUACUGUGCGAUCCUUCGGAAUUAGGCGUAAUGAGAAGAUAGCUUGCUAUGUCACCGUGAGAGGAGAGAAGGCUAUGCAGCUCCUUGAGAGUGGAUUGAAAGUCAAGGAAUACGAGUUGUUGAGAAGAAACUUCAGUGAGACUGGCUGCUUUGGUUUUGGUAUCCAGGAGCACAUCGAUCUUGGAAUUAAGUAUGAUCCUUCAACCGGUAUCUACGGUAUGGAUUUCUAUGUUGUUCUAGAGCGCCCAGGAUACCGUGUUGCUCGUCGACGUAGGUGCAAGUCUCGAGUUGGAAUUCAACACAGGGUCACAAAAGAGGACUCAAUGAAGUGGUUCCAGGUCAAAUAUGAAGGUGUUAUCCUUAACAAAUCUUCAAACAUUCAGUAAGUUGGAAUUUCCAGUGUUGGAUCAGUUUGUUUCCCCAACAAGUGUUAUGUUUUUUACCCAUUUUGUAGACCAACAAUUAUUACUAUUACUCUUUGAGGAGUUGAAAAGUUUUGGUGAAUUAAUGUUAUUUGGCAUAUCUGGAUAUGUUAGUUUGUUUUCAUUUGUUUUGCCAUGCUUUCUAUAAUAUUUUGUUAAGACUUC